UGGCAAUAAUAGAUUUUCUCUUUUUGUGAAGAUGAUUUAUAUUCGAAACUCACAGGCUUCAUGGAUUUAACAUCAAACAGCUAAAUGAAAGGCACUAAAUACCUAUGAAGUGAACGUCUUGGCACCAAAUGCCCUUUCAACAUCGUUGCAGGCCCAUCAGAUUCUCUUGGCGCUACAUUGGUCUCACUCUUGUCAUGUCUUCCUUGUUUGUCGGCUUCGUCUUCCUACUUUUCUACUUCAUAUCUUCUAAAAGUCAACCAGACAGCUUGGAUAAUUCGAAGGCCGAACCAGUUUGGCGUGGAGGUACGAAUGGCACCAAUGCCAUUUUUCCGUUUGAGAAAGACUUGUGGAUGAAUUUGUCAUCCAUUGCUGAUUGCCCCAAAGGCUAUUUUGCUUGCAAUUCCUCAAGAAAGUGCCUCAAACUUGACAAGAGAUGCGAUGGAACAGUCGACUGCCCAAGUACCGAAGACGAGUUGAACUGUGUGUGUGCUUUUCGAAUCCCAUCGUCCAAAUUUUGCGACAUGUACCCCGAUUGUUUUGAUGAAACUGACGAGAGCUUCUGUUCUUACUGCCCAAAAGGAUCGUUCAAUUGUGGGGAUGGGAGGUGCAUUAAUAAAACUAAGGUUUGUGAUGGAACAGUGGAUUGCAACAACUAUAUGGAUGAAAAUUUUUGCUUCAGGUUAUCUCCAAAUGGCGACAUUCAUGAAGCUCAUGAACCUGAUCCUAUAUCGACAAGUAACGUCGAAACUAGGAGGAAUGGCUUUCUUCUGAGGAAUCAGAAUGGCAUAUGGUACCCGAUGUGUGCGAAUCCUUACGAUAGCAUGCAGGAUGCAUUGGCUUCCUUUGCUUGUGUCAGCAUCACUGCCAAUCCUUCAGCCAGUAGCACUCAUCAGUUCCGAAGAUUUGGCUUCUUCCCCCUGCGGGGAUCUGAGAAUUAUAUCUAUCACUAUCAGGGCAAGUUUGUGCAGUGGCGCGGAUGCCUGACAGCUGGUGGUAUAUUCAUUUCUUGUAAUGAUGCCAAAUGCGGAUUGAAUCCUCACCAUUUAUUACCGAAAAGGCCUGUGGCUAGAAUAGUUGGAGGUGAAAAUUCUCAACCAGGAAACUGGCCAUGGCAUGCUGCAGUGUACAAAAAUGGUACAUAUUCUUGCGGUGCUACCCUCAUUAACAAUCGCUGGCUGUUAUCAGCAGCUCAUUGCUUUCUUGACCACAGGCACACAUAUUACGAAGUGACGCUGGGCAUGCUGAGACGAAAAUCCUUCACUCCUCAUCAGAAAACCUACAGGAUAGACAAAGUGGUUCCACAUCCGAAAUUCAACAUCGUCACCCUAGAAUACGACAUCGUGAUGUUAAGAACGGCUGAAGAAGUCGGAUUCGAUUUCUGGGUGCGACCUAUCUGUUUACCCAACCCAAGGUGGGCGGAGACUUCCGGUUCAUUCUGCACUGCAAUUGGAUGGGGAGAUAUUGGAGAAUCAAUGCAAGAUUCUGAUGGUUUGCAGGAAGUGCAUGUUCCGCUCACAAAGACCUGCAAACGAAAUCAGGACAGGUGGCUCUGCGCUGGAUUGAAAGAAGGUGGACGUGAUGCUUGUCAAGGUGACAGUGGAGGACCCUUAAUGUGUCUAUUUGGAGAUGGCUUCUUCUGGUACAUUGCUGGAAUCAUUAGUGGGGGUAAUGGGUGCGGCAGGCCCCAAACUCCUGGCAUGUACACAAGAGUGGUGUAUUUUUUGGAUUGGAUAAACCAGAUAAUGAGGUUUCGAAAUAGUGAUGUUCCACCUCUGCCUUUGUGUCCUGGUUUGAGGUGUGCUGUCCUUGGAGGUGGUAAUUGUUUGGACCCCAAAAGGGUGUGCAACAAACAUGUAGAUUGUUAUGAUGCUCUGGAUGAAGUAAAUUGCACGAGGACAAAGUCUUGAAUACCUUUCACAUUUCUGUUUCACAGCUUAUGAUAUAGAAGUAAAUAAUAAAUCCAUUUAAAAAAGUAAUUUUAUAACCCAAUUUAUUCAUCAUAAUUGAUUAUUUUUAAAUAAAUGUUUAGAAAAUUUUUAAAAAAUAAUUAGAUUUUACUAAAAGAGAAUUCGAGUACUAUUUUAUCUUUAGAAUUUUAGAUAAUUUUUCUUUGCUUUAAUUUUACUAUUUGGAGCUGCAACGAAAUAUUAUCAGAGCUCGUUUGUA